AUGAGUGACGUACAGCAUACUUCCGGUGCUACAGCACCGGAAUUGACCGUUGCACCUUCGCAUCUCGAGACAACCCACGAAGCGCAUCUGCGAUCCUCCGACUCGACCCUCAAAUCGGAAUCCGCCAGCACAUCCGGCGACCCAGAAAAGGGCCCCGAAGACGUCAUCGACAAGGAGUUGGAGCAAGAUGGAUAUGAUGUUGAGGCCGGCGUACCUCAACCAGAGAUGGAAAAGGCAGCGGAGAAGGAAAAGGAUCCCAAUUUGGUGGAAUGGGAUGGUCCAAACGACCCCGAGAAUCCUCAGAACAUGCCCCGUUGGCGCAAGUGGUUGAUCACCAUGUCGUUGUCAUUUAUGACUACGUGGAUCACGUUCGCCAGUAGUGUCUUCUCGACCGCAACCAUUGUGACUGCCGAGGAAUUCGGCGUCUCGACUGAGGUCAUGAUUUUGGCAACCAGUCUGGUGGUGUUUGGAUUCGCAGUUGGACCGUUGUUCUGGUCUCCUUUAUCGGAGCUGUAUGGACGUAGGAUUCCACUGUUCUCUGGAUACGCCAUCUUCGCCAUUUUCCAGAUACCUGUUGCAGUGGCACAGAACGUGGAGACCAUCUUGGUCUGUCGAUUUUUGAUUGGUAUCUUUGGCUGUUCGCCCCUGGCAGUAGUCGGUGGUGCUAUGGCCGACUUCUGGGAUCCCGUCGAUCGUGCGGUUGCUAUUGCAGCCUUCGCCAGUGCUACCUUCAUUGGACCCGUGCUUGGUCCUAUUGUCGGAGGGUACCUCACUGACUCGUACCUCGGCUGGCGCUGGACAGCCUGGAUUACCUUGAUCGCAUCGGGAUCCUUUGGCUUGCUGGCCUUCAUCAUUGUCCCCGAAACCUAUGCGCCAGUGAUCCUUCAGAAACGCGCAGCUCGUCUUCGCCGGGAGACCGGGAACGAGGCUCUGCACUCCCUUUUGGACAAUACUCGCCCCACCAUGAACGACAUCGUAACCAAGUACCUCCUGCGGCCGGUCAUGAUGCUUUUCCUCGAACCCAUCCUGCUUUUGAUUACCCUAUACUUGGCGCUGGUGUACGGCAUUCUGUAUCUGUUCUUCGAAGCUUACCCCGUCUCGUUUGAAUCGGUGCGCGGGUGGACGAACGAGGGUAUCGCAGGGCUGCCCUUCAUUGGCAUCUUGGUGGGUGUGCUCUGCGGAGUGGCGUUGAUUAUCUGGCAGACGAAGACGCGAUUCGCCCGGAAGCUGGCCAAACACGGUCGUGUGGUGCCGGAGGAGCGUCUCAUUCCGAUGAUGGUAGCGUCCGUCCUGCUGCCCGCGGGCCUGUUCUGGUUCGGCUGGACCUCGCAUCCCAGUACCUCCUGGGGCGCUCAGGUUGUGGCUGGUGUGCCCAUUGGCAUGGGAAUCCUGGUGAUUUUCAUGCAGGGUCUCAACUACAUCAUUGACGUGUACUUGAUGUUUGCCAACUCAGCCAUUGCUGCCAACACCUUGGUGCGGAGUAGCCUGGGAGGUGCCUUCCCCCUCUUUGCCACGCAAAUGUAUAACAAGCUGGGAGUGGAUUGGGCCUCCAGUCUGCUCGGUUUCAUCACUGUCGCCAUGAUUCCCAUCCCUGUCCUCUUCUUCUUCUACGGCAAGAAACUUCGGGCUAUGAGCCGGUUCAGCCCCAAGUUGUAACUUGGUUUGAAGAAGAAAAGAAAAUUUGCAUCUUCUCUCCUGGAUUAUUUUUUUUUCUUCCUUUUAUGAGUGUGACUCGCAGCAUGGCAUUCUCACGCAUCAGCAUCAUGGCGUUGUUCCAGCGGAUAUAAAACUUGGGAUGAUUAAUGUUUAUUGAUUGAUUGAGGUAAUGUUGGCAUGGGGAUAUAGAUAGUGAUUGCAUUUGCAUCUGCAGGUAUACUCCAUACAGAUAUAUAUACAAUAUAAAAUAAUAUGAUGAUCGUGAU